AUGAGUUGGAUCUGGACCGCAAGUCAAGGCAGGGUCGCUGCGCUGCCCCUGAGUGACGGACCUUGGAUAGUGAAAGUGGAGGAAGAUUCACCCGGAGGUGGGGAGUCCGACCCACCAGGGGACUGUCCGGAUCCCGAAACUUCCCGACGGCAUUUUAGGCGGUUCCGUUAUCAAGAGGUGGCCGGACCCGAAGCGGCGCUGAGCCGACUCAGGGAACUUUGUCGUCAGUGGCUGAGGCCCGAGGUGCACUCGAAAGAGCAGAUCCUGGAGCUGCUGGUGCUGGAGCAGUUCCUGACCAUCCUGCCCCAGGAGCUCCAGGCCUGGGUGCGCAAGCACUGCCCGGAGAGCGGGGAGGAGGCUGCCGCCUUGGUUUGGGCUCUACAGAGAGAGCUUGAUGGGACCUUACGCCAGGGGUUGGUGACAGUCCAGGAUGUGGCUGUGUCUCUAACCUGGGAGGAGUGGGAGCGACUGGGCCCAGCACAGAGGGACCUCUACAGGGAGAGUGCGCCGAAGGAUUAUGGGAAUGCAGUCUCGCCAAGUUUGGAAACCAGAAUUGAGAACAAAGAGUUGAUUCUAAAGCAAGAAAUUCUAGAAGAAGUGGAGCCACAAGGGCAGCUACAAGGGCCCCAGGAGAAGGGGCCCCUGUCUUCCGAGUGUGGGGUUGCCCAUGAGGACAGGAUAGAAAAGCCAUCAGGCGACCCCUCAUUGCUGAAACUUGAAAAGCCUCCUGAAGAUCAGGGAGUCACCAGCAUCUCAGAUCUCAAGAGUGCUCCCAGAGAAGAGGGAGACUCCAAAAACAAUGAAUUGGGGACUAGUGCCAGAAGUUCAAACUUUGUUCCUGCUCAGCACAUCCAGACAGCAGAGAGACCCAUUACCGGUGAUGAACAUGGGAACAAUUGCAAACACAGGUUAGAUACCGUGAAACCUCAUGAAUCUCUUGACAGUGGGGAAAACUGCCAUCAUUCAAGCCUACUUGAGGCGCAGAGGCGGUUCCAUGAAGAAAGACCUUAUACGUGUGACACCUGUGAGAAGACUUUCAAACAGCGUUCCGACCUCUUUAAACACCAGAGAACCCACACCGGGGAGAAGCCCUACGGGUGUUCUCCCUACGAAUGCCAAGAAUGUGGAAAAAGCUUCAGUCAGAGCGCAACCCUCAUUAAACACCAGAGGACACACACAGGUGAGAAGCCGUACACGUGCCCCAAAUGUGGGGACAGCUUCAGACAGAGCUCACACCUCAACCGGCAUCAGAGAGUCCACAUGGGGCAGAAGCACUACACGUGUCACGAGUGCGGGGAAACCUGCCGUAUCUCCAACCAUUUUAGACAUCAGAGGACACACCAGGGAGAGAGACCCUACACGUGUGAAGAGUGUGCGAAGAGCUUUAAACGGUGUUCCGACCUCUCUAAACACCAGAGAAUCCACACCGGGGAGAAACCCUACGAAUGCCAAGAAUGUGGGAAAAGCUUCAGUCAGAGCGCAACCCUCGUUAAACACCAGAGAACUCACACUGGAGAGAAGCCUUACAGAUGUCUUGAAUGUGGGGACAGCUUUAGACAGAGUUCACACCUCAUCCGACACCAAAGAAUCCAUAGAAAUAAAGCCCCAUCAUUUUGA